GUACCACAUGAGGGAGGAGGAUGUCUUCCCUGUAAUGCACAGCAUUGUGAUUGCCUUCAAUGACAACAAGUUCUGUCCAAUGAUGCGGUGACACACCGCCCCAGACCAUGACGGACCCUCCACCUCCAAAUCGAUCCCGCUCCAGAGUACAGGCCUCGGUGUAACACUCAUUCCUUCAAUGAUAAACGUGAGUCCGACCAUCACCCCUGGUGAGACAAAACCACGACUCAUCAGUGAAGAGCACUUUUUGCCAGUGCUGUCUGGUCCAGUGAAGUUGGGUUGUUGCCGGUGAUGUCUGGUAAGGACCUGCCUUACAACAGGCCUACAAGCCCUCAGUCCAGCCUCUCUCAGCCUAUUGCGGACAGUCUGAGCACUGAUGGAGGGACUGUGCGUUCCUGGUGUAACUCGGGCAGUUGUUGUUGCCAUCCUGUACCUGUCCCGCAGGUGUGAUAUUCAGAUAUACUGAUCCUGUGCAGGUGUUUUUACUCGUGGUCUGCCACUGCGAGGAUGAUCAGCUGUCCUUCCUGUCUCCCUGUAGUGCUGUCUUAGGCGUCUCACAGUACGGACAUUGCAAUUUAUUGCCCUGGUCACAUCUGCAGUCCUCAUGCCUCCAUGAAGCAUGCUUAAGGCACAUUCAUGCAGAUGAGCAGGGACCCUGGGCAUCUUUCUUUUGGUGUUUUUCAGAGUCAGUAGAAGGGUCUCUUUAGUGUCCUAAGUUAUUUGGAUUUUUACAAAAUUAUCUUUAAAAUACAGUGUCCUGAAAAAGAGACGUUUCUUUUUUUGCUGAGUUUAUAUAUAUUUAAAAUGUAAUAUAAAUCAGUGUUAUGACCUCAAGAGCUUUAUUACAUUAUCAUGCUCAAAAAUAUAGUGUUAUAAUAAAUGUCAAGGUGUAAUGAGGGUUCUUUUUUCUUCUUUCUGUUCCAAAAUAGCUCAUCAAGCGAUCCGUUCCAGGUGCAUCAUGAGCACAUGCGGCAAAUGAUGAGGAGUUUCUCUGACCCCUUCUGUCAUGGCUUCAUGCCCAGCAUGACAGAUGGCAGACAGAGAGGUCACGGAGGUCACAGGGGUGAGGGUCACCCUAACACGAGCACAAACUUUCGCAAUGACAGAGAACUGGAUUUCUUCAGCAAUCCUUUCUCUAUGAUGGACAACAUGAGGAACAGAAUGAAAGAGAUGAACAGGAAUGUUGAGAAUAUGGCGUCAGACUCCAACAGCCACUCGUUUUCCUCUUCUUCUGUCAUGACGUACUCGAAAGUCGGAGAUGAGCCGGCAAAAGUUUUCCAGGCAUCUUCACAAACCCGCAGUGCACCUGGAGGAAUAAAGGAAAUGAGGAAGUCUCUGCAGGACUCUGAGAGUGGACUACAGAAGAUGUCCAUCGCUCAUCACAUUCAGGACAGAGGACACGUGAUAGAAAGGAAGGAGAACAGAAAGACUGGAGAGAAAGUACUCAACCAGGACUUCCAGAACAUGGAUGAAACGGAGGCACAGUCAUUCGAUGAGGAGUGGCAGAGGGAACUGUCCAGAUUCCAGGUUUCUUCUCCCAUGUGUCAUCUGGAAGCCCCGAAACAUCGAGCUGUGCACCGAGCAGCCAUCAACGCACCACCACAGACACACAGAGACGCUAAAGCAACUGCAGGAAAAAACACACAUUUCAAUGAAGUCAACGUCAAAGGCUCUGGUGUGAAGAAACAAUGAAAACACAUUCACAAUAAAACAUGUUUGAUGCUCACUAGAUCAUACAGUACAUGUGUCUCUGUAGUUUUUAGUGUGACUUCUCUUUCUCAGUAAAAUUAUUUUGAUGAACAUAAUAAUAAAGUUAUUUUCUCUGGUAGGCAUUUCACUAUGAAUGUGAUUAUGAAGUUCUCUUUUUCUCAGUUCUUUCUCAGUCUGUCUUUUCAUUUCCUACACAUAUAUUAGGAUGAAAUAAAGCAACACAGAUGUUUACUGUUCUCUAAUGCACUUAUUGAUAUUGUAAAUGUGUUAUUAUACAGUAAUCACCACAACCUCUCGGGAAACCUUCCUUUGCUGUAUACAUUUGUAAAAAUGACAAGAAAAUAGACUUUUAUAUAAAUGUUUCUCAUAGUUUUGUCUUUGUUGCUUGUGUGAUACUGUUAUCAAGCCACUCUUUACAGGAGGUUAUCUUUUUUUUAAACUAAUUGGUAUGUUUUUUUUUCCCCCAACCUUAAACCACAAUCACAAAUAAUAAAUGAACUAAAAUCAA